UUCCCCGUCUCUUCCCCCUCACGUGUCCCGGGCUCCCAGCUGGGGAAGGAGGGGAGGGAGAGAAUCUCACUCUCUCGCUUGCUCUCUCUCUCGCUUUCCUCCUCACAUGACCCGAGUGUUUGUCCCCGUGAUCAGCGCCUCGGCUCCCGUGUCUCCUCCGCGUCCCCUCUACCUCCAUCCGGCGUGAGAUUUCGACUCGUCCCCCCUCUCUCCUUUUUCCCUUUCCCCCCCACCCCUCCCUUCCCCCUGGUCGCGGCGGGGUUGCUUGCUUCCCCCCCCUCUCCCUUCCCCCUUUCCCUUCCCCCCUUCCCUCUCCCCCCAUGGACAUGCUGGAUCCCGGACUGGACACAGCCACUGCCUCUGCUGCUUCCAGCCACGAGAAAGCUCAAGAAGGAGAAGAGGGAGUCGAGCUGCACGAAGGAGACGGCACAAACGCGGAUGAGCAGACUGCAGUGGCUAUCGCCAGUGUCCAGCAAGCAGCCUUCACAGACCAUAAUAUCCAAUACCAGUUCCGCACAGAGAACAAUGGAGGACAGGUAACAUACAGAGUAGUCCAGGUGACAGACAGUCAGCUGGACGGACAGACGGACGCAACGGGGGCCGUUAGCGUGGUCUCGACGGCGGCGUUCGCCAGCGGCCAGCAGGCUGUUGCCCAGGCCGUGAUCCAGAACCCAUUCAGCAAUGGCGGAAGCCCAGCGACGGACGCCGUCAGCGGGGAGGCCCGCUUCGCAUAUUUCCCGGCCUCUACGGUGGGGGACGCCACAGCAGUGUCGGUGCAGACAACGGAUCAGUCGCUAACCCAAGCCGGAGGCCAAUUCUAUGUAAUGAUGACCCCACAAGACGUAUUGCCGACGGGAACGCAACGCACCAUCGCCCCCCGCACUCACCCUUAUUCUCCGAAAAUGGACGGGACGCGGACGCCACGAGAUGAGAGGAGGAGAGCCCAGCAUAAUGAAGUGGAACGGAGGAGGCGAGACAAGAUCAACAAUUGGAUUGUCCAGCUGUCGAAAAUCAUUCCAGACUGCAAUACAGACAACAGCAAGACGGGAGCGAGUAAAGGAGGCAUCCUCUCCAAAGCCUGCGACUACAUCCGGGAGCUGCGCCAGACGAACCAGCGCAUGCAGGAGACCUUCAAAGAAGCCGAGAGGCUGCAGAUGGAUAAUGACUUAUUACGGCAGCAGAUUGAAGAACUGAAGAAUGAAAAUGCACUUCUGAGAGCCCAGCUGCAACAGCACGGGAUCGAGAUCGUGGGAGAUGCCCCGGGGCAGUAACACCCCCCCCCUCUACUCACACACACACUGCCUCUCCACACGGGAUCUCAACCUCCACUUUGGCUGUCCCUUUUUGUGUAGCGCAGAGAGACCCUUUCCCCCUCCUCCGAGUGAACCUUGCCUCAACCCCUCCCCCUGUGUGGGGAUGUUAGAGGGGAGGGGGGAAUUGGGGGAGGGGUGGGGUAAGCCUGACCGUGUGACAUACUAGCCACACCAUCCCCUCUUCUUUUUCCAAAAGGAUCCUCCAAAUGUCCUUGUCCUUUUUCUUUCCUGAUUUCUUCUCCCCCUGUCCCUUUUCUCAUCUUUUACUUAGGAUAUGUUAAGAUUAAAGAGAUGAAAGCUGCAUUUUUUUAAAAAAAUAGUAGACUUUUAACACUUCCUUUCCUACUCUGCUGGAUCUUCGGGGCAAGGACGCAGCCUGGGAGACUUGGCCAUUCAAGCUUAUCCAGUUGCAUCUUCUUCCUUGGCCCUUUUGGAGUCUCUCCACCUGGCAGGAAAUGGGUAGAUUACCUUGGCUGUUGGCCUGAUGAGGAGGGAUUUUGCCCUGUCCAGUUUGGCUGCCGGACUGAGGAAGCAGGAGCUUAGGCAGCUUUAUGGCCCCCCAUAAAGUAGGUGAAUUUGCAAGAAAGAGUCUCGGACACAAUCUACGGCUCUCUUCCCUUGUUCAAGGUGCACAUGCGCAAAACGAGGCCUGCUCGCACAAGAGUCCAGGGGACGUUUCCUUGCCCACCUCACGUGCUAGCGCACACCCAGCCUUUAACAUAACCAUUUUGCAAAAUCCAGUUACCGUUCCAUUGCAGGCUGAUGGCUUGAAUUGUCAGGACUGGUUCACUCCAGCAGGAGAAUGAAGCGGCAGACUGCUGAGAUAGUCGACCGGACAGCAGCGUGGAAGGACCGCAAAUGGCGAUUUCCAGUCUUCACGUUAAAAAAAAUCUGUGCAAGUUGAAAGCUAGCUCUGCAGUGAGAAAACUUCUUCCUCUUCUUUGCUAGCGAUGCUGGCUUUCAAGUUGCAGGGAGUUUUUGACAUAGGCUAGCAUUGCAGUCGAUGAUUCUCUCCACGGGACAGUGCAGUCUGUUCUUUUUGUCUAAUGCCCGCCUCAUUCUCUUGCUUGUUUGAACCCGGGCAUGUUGGAAUAAUGCGAAAGAUCCCAUUUUUGAAUGCUGCUUCCUGCAAGUAGAAAACCAAGUAAACAGAGGGUCCCUGCUUAUUUUCUGCUUGUGGGGGGAACGUUUUAUGCAAAGGCAACAUUCAGAGCUGGAACUCUCCCCUGCUUCUUUGAAGUGGCACACUUCCUUCUGCUGUCUCAAUUCCACUUCAUUCUCCUUGCGUGUGUGAACCUAGCCCAAGUCCCCUUCCGCAUCUUCUCAGCAGGGCUCUGGUCGCAGCUAGAUAUUCCUGGAUUGUGAUUCUGAGGGCUCAGAUACACAAGUUUCUUCCAUCUCAAGCACCUCGCUUAGCUUUUGCAAGUUUAGGGGCUGGGACUGUUUUAUUAAAUUGGAGAAUGGUUGUGGGGGUGGGGGACAUACAUGCGCCCACAGGAUUUUAAGCCUGUUAUCACUGGAAGAAACUGCAUCUGGACAGCUUUCUCCUGUUAGAAGGGGGGGGGGGAAUACAGGUGUAAGUUUGGUUUUACUCUAUCUUGGGGGAAAUUGCACAUACCUGUAUUUAUUUUGUUUCUUCCCACUGAGGGCGAAAGCAGUUCAGGGGCUGGUUUUCCAGGUGUAAGCAAGAAGGGGUUAAAAGCCCUUCCCCCCCACCCCACCUUCUCUAAUGCUUAACAAAGCAGUCCUGGAGGCUACAUUUGCAAAAGAAGAAAAGGUCAAAACAAUGUGAGUCCUUUAUUGUGUCUUUCCCCCCCCCCACCAAACUCAAACCACUCUGUUAUCACAUUUUCCCUGAAUUUUGUAAAUUUUGUUUAGCACAGUGGAAAGCAAUCUCCAAGACUGCUUGUAUCUCCUUUUCCUCUUGUUUUGUUUAAUUAGUUUGGGGGGGGGUGUUUUUUUUGUAUAGAGGUACGUUGUUUGUAAGAUAGCUGAAACCCGGGCAAAUGACAGAAAAAAAUCUUUUAGUGGUGGAUUGAAUUGACAACAGGGUUGCUUUGUUUCUGUUUUUGUUGUGUUUUUGAUAUUAUAUAAUUUUUUAAUUAAACUUCAGCAGUGUUUUAGGACUUCAGGUUAAAAAGAAAAAAAAAAUCCAGAGAUGAAUUUUUAAAAGAAGCAAUUACGGAUAUUUGAGGGUGAGGUGGUUUUUCCUCCCCCGUGCCAAGCAGUUUUUUUUUAAAAGGAAAACUGAAAAGAAUUGCUCCUAGACAAAUAUUGUAAUAUAGCGAGUUUCUUAGGUUUGUUUUUUUUAUAUAUAUGCAUAAAUCUAUAUAUCAGACCCCUCCCCCCCCUCAGAAAAACAAAACCAGGAUUGCAGCCAGAAUUGUGAAAAUAUUUGUAUCGUUCUGACCCACUCUGACCCCCGGUGAAGGAGAGGUGGAAGGAAGAGACUUCAAAUCACGGGAAAGAAAAGCAAAAAAAAUAUAUGAUUUUGUCAAAAAUGAAGAUGUGAGUUGGCUUGAAGAGUUUUGAUUGUUGGAAAGUAGGAGAUAAUUCUGUUUAUAUAUAAAAGAGAAAAAAAAAACCUGCACAGAAAUAA